CAUUUCCCAUUCUUCUCCAAAUUUAAACGCUAUAUAAAUCUGUACCCCCUCCCUCCUCUGUUGUGCAGUGUGUCUCUAUUGUUAAUCAAACCUUAGAGGACAGCUGCAUUUCUCGAUCACCAUCUUUUUUAAUUAUUUCUUCUUCUUCUCUUUCGUAACAUCGCGAAGAAACCCUACGGAACGAAGAAAAUGGCACGCCAAAUCGUUGUUCUUGCUUUGGUCUUAAUUGCCCUUGUCGGGUUGGUUUCCGCAGACAAUGCUGCGUCUGCCAACGCUACUCCUAAGAGCACCAGUACUACUGCAUCCUCCCCGAACAGCCAUGAUGAUGAUGUCAUCGGCAACACUGAUGAAGCAGGUGCACCAUCGAAUAGCACUGGUGGUGAUGAUGGUGCUGCUGUUGAAGGCCCUGUUGGCAGCGAGGCUACAGCUAACAGUGCUGCAGGGACUGGUCAGGCUCCUAGCAGUGGUGCAACCACCCUUGGAGUCUCUGCUGUAGCUGGAGCUGCAGCCGUUGCUGGCUACUUUGUUUUCUAA